UGUAGCGCUACUACUAAGAUAUGAUCUAGAAGCACCGAGGCUCGACAUGUCAGACUGACUUUAACACUACAUGCAGGACUGCUCUUUGUGAUAUAGAGGUUACUGCUGCUUUUAUCUCUACUUGUUUUUAUUGUUAAAGAAACUUCUUAUUUCCUACUUUGCUGUGAAGCUACGCGUCACUAACUUCCGAUACAACGGUUUAUUAACGUGUCGGAGGGGAAACCGUGUGACGAGCAAAGCUUUAUCCAGAGCCCCCCAUGAAGCUCUGUGAAGCUCUGUGAAGAGGCAGGGUGCACCAUGUCGGAGCGGACUCCUCUCCUCCACUACCGCCUCUCCACCAGCGUCAAUGAGUCCGAGCCGCAGACACCUCCGCACUGGCAGGCCCCGGUGCAGAGCCCGGGCACCCCCCGGCACAAGGCUGCCCAACAGCGGCAACCCAAGAAACUCUCCAUCUUCUUCGGUGUGGUGAUCCCCACCUUGCUGUCAAUGUUCAGCGUGGUGGUGUUUCUGAGAAUAGGGUUCAUGGUGGGCCACUCCGGACUGUACCAGGCUAUCUUCAUGCUCCUGGUGGCGUACUUCAUCAUCUGCAUGACCGUGCUGUCAGUCUGUGCCAUCUCUACCAAUGGAGCCCUGGAUGCCGGGGGGGCCUAUUACAUGAUCAGCAGAGCGUUGGGUCCAGAGUUUGGUGGCAGCAUUGGCAUCAUGUUCUUCCUGGCCAACGUGUGCGCCUGCGCUCUCUUUGUGCUGGGUCUGGUGGAAGCUAUAGUCGCCACCUUCGGGGUGCCGGAAGGCGGGUCCGUGGCCGCGUCUCCCUACCAGGUGCUGCCGUCGGGCUACUGGUGGUCUCUGCUCUACGGGACGGGCGUCGCCCUGCUGUGCCUGCUGGUGUGCCUGGUGGGAGCACACAUCUACGCCAAGGCCACCUUCCUCAUCUUCCUGGUGGUCAUGUUUGUUCUGGGGACCGUCUUCGUCAGCUUCUUUGCCGUCGGCCCUCGUACCAUCGUCCUGCCCACUUCUGCCACGUUUAACCCGACGGUCAACAGAACGGGACCGCCGUUUCCCACCACUGCCAACUUCACCGGCUUCAAGUUGGACACGCUGCUGGGGAACCUGUGGGCUGACUACUCUUUGGACUACACAACAGGAACUACGAUGACCUUCGCCACCGUUUUCGCCGUUAUGUUUAAUGGCUGCACCGGCAUCAUGGCUGGUUCCAAUAUGUCAGGUGACCUGAAGAAUCCGAGCUACGCCAUCCCCCGCGGCACAAUCACUGCCGUCAUCUUCACCUUCAUCAUCUACAACCUGCUGAGUGUUCUGGUGGCCUGCUCCUGUGACCGUGUCCUGCUUCAGAGGGAUUACAGCUUCCUGAGAGACAUCAACAUCUGGAACCCCUUCGUCACCGUCGGGGUUUACUCCUCCACUCUCUCCGCUGCCAUGAGCAACCUCAUCGGAGCCUCGCGCAUCCUCUACGCGCUCGCCAGGGACGACUUGUUUGGUAAGGUGCUCUCUCCGGCCAAGAAGACGUCCCACAGUGGUAACCCCUGGGUGUCCGUUCUCUUCUCCUGGUUCCUCGUGCAGCUGGUGCUUUUUUCGGGGAAGCUGAACACCAUCGCCAGCAUCGUGACCAUCAUCUUCCUGUUGGUGUAUGCGGCCGUGGACUUGGCCUGCCUUGCUCUGGAAUGGGCCUCUGCACCUAAUUUCAGGCCCACCUUCCGAUACUUCACGUGGCACACCUGCGUGUUGGGCAUCGUGGGUUGUGCCGUCAUGAUGUUCCUGAUCAACGCCAUCUACGCCUCGGCCAGCAUCGCCUUCAUGCUGCUGCUGCUUCUGCUGAUUCACUACCUCAGUCCCACCUCCAGCUGGGGCUACAUCAGCCAGGCUCUCAUCUUCCACCAGGUGCGUAAGUACCUGCUGAUGCUGGACGUGAGGAAGGACCACGUCAAGUUCUGGAGGCCUCAGGUCCUGCUGAUGGUGUCCAACCCUCGCAGCAGUGUGGGCCUCAUCAGAUUCAUCAACGACAUCAAGAAGAGCGGCCUCUACGUGCUGGGACACGUCCAGCUUGGAGAUCUCGACACGUUACCAUCAGACCCUCUGCAGUCCCAGUAUGACUCCUGGUUGUCCCUGGUGGACCAACUAAACAUCAAAUCUUUUGUCAACAUGACAUUGGCCAAUUCUGUGCGGCACGGGGUCCAACAUCUGCUCUUCAUCUCUGGACUGGGUGGGAUGCGUCCUAACAUCCUCGUCCUGGGUUUCUAUGACGACUGUCUUCCAAAGGACAAGCUGAUUGACCCGUCGCUCUCUACCUGCCAGUCCCCAGAUCCCUCGGGCUCCUUGCAGGAGUUCGAGCAACAACCCCCUCUCUUCCACUUUGCCUCGUUGCGGGGGUCCAGCGACAGGCAGGAUUGCGGCGAAUUUGGGGACGGGAAGGUUCUCGGACCCCAGGAGUAUGUAGCGAUCAUCGCCGACGCCAUGAAGAUGCUAAAGAAUGUGGUGCUGGCCCGAUACUUCAACAACUUUGACCGAGCUCAGGUCCUCUCGCCGCCCUCCUCCUCUCCGGGCAAGGGAGCUGUGUACGUAGACGUCUGGCCGGUCAACCUCCUGCGUCCAGACAGCUCUAGCUACGUCGAUACCUGCUCUCUGUUCCUGCUGCAGCUCGCCUGCAUCCUCAACAUGGUGAGAGCGUGGCGCAAAGCUACGCUGCGUCUCUUCCUGUGUGUGGAGGAAGGACGAAGCGUGAGAGGCUCAGAGGAGAAGCUGGGCCAGCUGCUGAAGGAGCUCAGAAUCAAAGCUCAGGUGUACACCGUGCCCUGGGACGAGCAGGUGGCGCUACACUGGCAGCGCCAAGGCGAGUGGGCCAAGAGGAAUCCAUCACAAUCCCCUGAUACCAUCAAAGAAGAGAAGAAGACAGCAGAGGAGGAAGAGAACGAUGAGGACUACGUUAAUAGCUUCCCGAGCAACGCCACGCGCCUGUCUGACGACUACCUGUCAGCUGUCAACAAGCUGAUCCUGGACCCGGCCCGGCCCACCCCCGCUGUGCGCUUCCUGUACUUGCCCCGCCCCCCAGCUGACACCCGCCGCUACACCACCUACUUACACCAGCUGGAGCUGCUGACUCAGGACCUGGGCCCCACGCUGCUCAUCCACGGUGUCACGCCGGUCAUCACCACUGACCUCUGACCUGUCUCCUGCCUGACGUAGGUUCUGUCUGGAGGUGUGCGGACCUGCAGCAUCACUGCUGACCUCAGCUCUGACCUCAGCUCUGACACACAGGAACCAGCCUUUGAAAUCUGACCCAGACAGUGAUGUAACUGAUCCCACCUGCACUGCCUCGCUCAAUGUCUCCAUAGACAUACCCUAUUUCAGAAUAUCAAAUGAAGUUGGAUAUUAUAUAUGGAUGUUUGUGUUCUCAGGCUUCAUGAUUUUAAACUCCCGUUUCAAAUGUUACCAGCUGUUAUCAGGGGUCAUCGCUGACGGGCCAAACUGCACCUACUAUGUUUUAAAAGUAAAAGUCAAACUUAAAAAAUAAACUUAAAGCUGAAUGAAAUGUAA